UAACGCCAAUUUCGGCUCUGCUUCCUACAUCCUCAGCGUUGACAGUGCUUUCUAGCGCGGAUCACAAUCGCGACGGGAAGUGGAACAUCCCCUAGGAGUCAGUAUCACGCAGUCACGGAUAUCAUGGGUUGUGGUCAAGCCAGCGGCAUCCCCUUUUUCAUUUGUCUUGCAGUCAUCAUCCAUCCAUGCCCGAGCGUGCAUAGUCGAGUCUUGCUUCCCCCUUGCAUUUUCAUCGGAGCAGAGUAUCGGUCACUCGCUUCUGGUUCUGCCCCUCCCCAUAAUCACGUCACGGCGAUAGUGCCUGGCGCAAAGUCAACCCCCAAACCCCACUCUUCCAUCCCCCAAAGUCAAUCAUCGGAUGCUAAAUCCUUAAACCAAAAAUCCUUGUAUCAGGCAGCCCCAUGGGCAAAGAACGCUGUUAUUCUGCCUAUUGCUGUAGCCUCCCUCGUGUUUUUCAGAGGCAUGAGGGCGUAUGUAGCUUUUGAAUGGAAUGAACUCGUUUGGUUUAGCCCCUCCGUUUGGCUGAGGUGCGUGGUGCGUUUUUGUGACACGUCUGAGGAUCUUUAGAUUGCUAAUUUUAGGUUUCCGCUAUGUGGUCACUCUAAAGUCACUUACAUUAAUCUCACUGUCACGCAGAUGAUUUGGAAUCUUUGAUUGCUUUGAGAUGGACGAGACCAGCUCGAUCCUUUUUAUAUUUUCUAUUUUUCUUAAAGGUUUUGUGCUUCUUAUUACGAAAGGCUGAAAUUGUGGAAUCCUGGACGCCAAAGACCAUUACCUCCCUUUUUCUGAACUAUAAGCCUUGAGCUUCUCAAAUUCUUUAGAAAUAGUUGAAGAUUACCUUCCUAUCCGUCUG